AUGCCACCAAAGAAGAAGAUUGUUGAUCCAGGAGCCAAGGCAAAGGCUGCAAAGGCCAAGAAAAGUGCCGAGGACAAAACUUUCGGGUUAAAAAACAAAAACAAAUCCAAAAAGGUUCAACAAUACGUCAAUCAGGUACAGGUGUCUGCUGGUUUACAGGCGAAGCAAGAUGCGGAAGCCAAGAGGCUUUUGGCAGAGAAAAAGGCAGCAGAUGCCGCUAGAGCAGAAGCUCUGGCACUCUUCAAACCAUCCAUCCAACAGCAGAAGGUUCCAUUCGGUGUGGAUCCAAAGUCCAUAGUUUGUAACUUCUUCAAACUUGGACAGUGUACAAAGGGCAAGAAGUGUAAGUUUGCGCACGAUCUGGAGGCUGGGCGUAAGACUGCGAAGAGAGAUUUAUACACAGAUGAAAAGGACGAAGAGAAGAACCAGGAUACCAUGGAUAAGUGGGACGAAGCAAAGCUGCGCUCAGUCGUUCUUUCCAAGCACGGAAAUUUGAAGACUACUACCGAUAUCGUGUGUAAGUACUUCAUCGAAGCCGUCGAGAACGGUAAGUACGGUUGGUUCUGGGUGUGCCCUGAUGGAGGAGAUCAGUGUAAAUAUAGGCAUUCGCUUCCACAAGGGUUUGUGCUGAAGACAAAGGAGCAAAAGAGACUAGAGAAACAGGCUUUGGAGAGCCAGCCAAAGAUCACUCUGGAAGAUUUCAUCGAGACGGAGAGGGACAAGCUGCCGAAGACCGGUCUUACUCCAAUCACACUAGAGAGCUUCACCAAAUGGAAAGCCUCACACGCACAGCAAAAACUCGACGAAAGGAAUAAGGAGAAGAGGGCACUUACCGGACGCGAAAUUGUGCUCAAGAAGUUCGAGGACAAGUUCUACAAUGAGGAAGAUGACCAGGAGAAGGGAGAUGAAUGGGAUCUGUCGGAGUUCAAAAAGGAGAUUGAGGAAAUUGAUGAGAACAUUAAGGACUACGGCGAUGGUUCUGCUGCUUUUGCAAAGGAACAGGGUGUUUAG